CCGCAGUGAAAACAUGAAAGAUGCUUUGUUUCUAAGCCGUUCAUCCUCAGCGUCUCCCCCCACCCAAAGCCUGUGUUGUUUUUUAAAGCGGCCUCAUCAGCUCUGUUUGAUGAGAAACGCAGGCGACCUAGCAAAAGUCUGUUCCAAACAACACCCACGAUUCCACUAACUUGUUAAACAGAGAGAGGCUGGAAACUGCCAAAGCCUCUGCAAGGAAAGACACAAGAGUGAGAGAGAGGAGAGAGAAAAAGCAGGUUGUUUAUAAAGUCAGGCAGUGGUAGGGUAUCUUCACUCGGGUCUGCAAACUGUCUGCCGCUGGGAGGUCACUCCAAAAGAAAAACCCUGCAGUGCCCAUGACCUGCAAGCACAAUAUUUGAUCAGGACUGCGGGGCGGGCACCAACCCUGGCAAAUUGAGAUAUACACAUGCUCUUUAAUACACAGGAGAUCAGGCAGACGAACACUGAGGCUUUGGAAAAGGGACUCUGAGUCUGGUUCCAUGAGGUUCUGCACAAUGCACUGGGCUUCCGUCCUGAUAGUAGCUGGGCUGUGUGGGGUCUCCCUGGGCCAGUAUGAAGAUGAAGAAGAUAUGUACUGGUUGCAUCAGUACCUUCGCAGCCAGGCGUUGUCCUAUAACUACAUGCCAUACUACGAGGAUGAGGUCCCCCAAUACCCUUAUGUCCCACCUGGGUCCCCCUUUGCGGAGCCCCUCCUUGAGCCCGUUUCCCGGGAAUGCCCCCAGGAGUGCGAUUGCCCCCCCAACUUCUCCACGGCAUUGUACUGCGACAGCCGCAACCUGAGGUACCUUCCCUUUGUGCCUUCCAGGAUGAAGUACGUCUACUUCCAGAACAACCAGAUCACCACCGUCCAAGAGGGGGCUUUCGACAAUGCCACAACACUGGAAUGGAUUGCGUUGCAUGGCAACCAGAUAACCAGUGAGAAGAUGGGCAAGAGGGUCUUUGCCAAGCUCAAGAACCUGGAGAGGUUGUAUCUGGAUAACAACAACCUGACCAAGAUGCCCAGCCCCCUGCCCAGGUCCCUGAGAGAACUCCACCUGGCUUACAAUCAGAUCACCAGGAUCCCAUCCAACGCUCUGGAAGGUUUGGAGAACCUUACUGCCCUGUAUCUCAGCCACAACCAGAUCCAUGAUAUAGGAGCAUCUUUCAAAGGGUUAAAGUCCUUGAUCCUUGUUGACCUGAGCUACAAUCACCUCAGGAAGGUCCCCGAUGGCCUCCCAAGCUCUUUGGAGCAGCUCUACCUAGAGCACAACUACAUCUACACCAUCCCUGAUGAGUAUUUCAAAGUGUCCCCCAAGCUGCUCUAUAUCAGGCUGUCCCACAACAGCCUAACCAAUGAUGGGCUCUCCUCCAACACCUUCAACACCAGCAGCAUCCUAGAGCUGGAUCUGUCUUAUAACAGGCUCCAGAAGAUCCCCCGGGUUAGCACCAACCUCGAGAACCUCUACCUCCAAGGGAACCAAAUCAAUGAAUUCUCCAUCAGCAGCUUCUGCACAGUCGUCGACGUCAUGAACUUUUCGAAGCUCCAGGUCUUGCGGCUGGAUGGGAACGAGAUCCAACGGAACGCGGUGCCCCCGGAUGCCCCCCUCUGCCUGAGGCGUGCUGCCGUCAUUGAGAUUUAAACCCCCCCCCUUCCCCCCGUGCUCUCCUCCAGUCCUCAGGGCAGCAGCACACCUGCUCCAGUAAUCCAGGCUGGUGGGAGGGGUUCACUCUCGUUUUAACGCGGCUUGAUGGUUUGUUUGGCUUCUGCAAUAGCGUAAUAUGGGUGGCACAAUAGUAGCCUGUGCAGGGUUCCCUGCCAGAGUAGGAGGGAUGUGUCAUUAACUCCACCCACUAGAUGCUACCCCUUUUAGCCUAUCAGGUCACACCAGUAUGGAGGCAGGUCUCUGCUUUGUCCUAUAAAAACCCUACGGUUCUCUCUCUAACCAGCCAAUCAGUUCUCUUGAUGAUUCCCCGCCAUUGUCUUGCGGCACGCAUGUCCAUGCGGCUCCCACCAGCAUGGGUGGGUUGAGCAGAGGGGACUCAAGUUGUCUCUGUUCAAAUGCAUUGGAUUUGAAAGUUUGAUGCCAGCUGGGAUAGUUUUGGAGUUCAUGUUCUGUGUAGGAGGAACUGUGGUAAAGGGAUCAGAGACGGGGGAGGAGGAGAAUUCAGGUUUUUCAGAUGUAGUGUGGAAAAACAGAACAGGCCAUGGGACAGGAUGGGGAUCAUUUGAAGAAAGACUGUGGAAGAGAGGAGCAGAGAGGAAGGGCGAGAGGAAAAUUCUAAUGGAAAAAUAGCUAUAAUCUAUGGGUCAGAACUUCACCAGGUGUAAAUGGGUGUAGCUAUAUUGACUUCAGGCAGCAGGUUUAAAACAAAGAAAAGGAAGUAUUUUUUCACACAAUGUACAGUCAACCUGUGGAACUCCUUGCCAGAGGAUGUUGUGAAGGCCAAGACUAUAACAGGGUUCAAAAAAGAACUAGGUAAAUUCAUGGAGGAUAGGUCCAUCAAUGACUAUUAGCCAGAAUGGUCAGGGAUGGUAUCGCUAGCCUCUGUUUACUGGUCUCCUCUUACUGCUGAACUUUCAGGGGACUAUCCUCCUAAAACACACUGCAGGCUUCUAUGUAGCUAGCAAGAUGUAGGAGCUGGUUUAUAAAGGGGAAUUGCCUGGGGGAGAUUUGUGUGGUUCAAAGGUUUGCAGACUAGUUUUUCGAGCCCCACACUUCCCCUCCCUCCUCAGAAUGUUGGCAAACCAACAGAGCCUAUUGGCCGAUGAUGUGGUCAGGUGUCACCCUCUAGCUGGAACCUGCCAGUAGGAUGUUUCAAGCUGAAUUGGUCCAAAAAAAAAAAAAAGCCAAUAGUUAUAUAAAACCUGAUUCCCAUUUAUCCUACGGCCCUUUUGAACUGCAAGAGCGUGGCAGCGCGGCUUUAGCAUGAGUGCAAUUAUCUUUAGUGCAAGCAAGACUCCAUACCGUGGGUUUUUUAAUUGAUAGACCGUGGGCCAGUUUCUGAUCUCUGUAACAGUGGUGUCAAACCCGGAACAACUGCAUUACAUCAACUAUAAGGAUUAUAAACCCUCUUGCUUCUAGGUACCAGCUAACCAGUAACUCUGGAGUUAGGGUGAAACUGCUGCUAAGGGAAGCUCGUCCAAGAAUUGUCCAUGAAUGAAAUUUCUUGAAGGUUGCUCUGAAGCAGCUGGUACUGGUCACUGUCAGAGACAAGAUACCAGACAGAUGGGCUCCUGGUCUGAGCUAGUAUGACCAUUCCUAUUGUAUCCUAUCCUUCAUCUUUCUCUAUAACCUUUAUAGCGUGCCUGCCACCGAAGUGGCUGCCAAUGGAAGUCAGUGAGGUGUUACUCUGCAUUUUUGCCGGAGAUCCAAAUCUAACCUCUCCUCUUUGUAUUAACUCUUAAUUCAUAGACACAAACACCCUCAGUGGGCAAAGCGAAAGGAGCAUAUGUGGCUGAGCAACAGGGAUGGAUCGACAGGUGCCUGAAACAAAGUUAGCCAUGUGAACAUGAAACAUUUACCAGGCACAAGUUAGCCAUGUGAACGUGAAGCAUUUACCAGGCAGCAGCACUCACAGAUGGAGGGUGCGGAGGGGGGGUUGUCCCUGACCUGUCAGCCAGCCAAGCCAAAGUACAAUAGGUGCUGGAACUAGGAGUGCAUGUGGGGGCUGCCGCACCCCCGGCUUGAAGUGGUUUCCAUUAUAGACAGGGUUUACAGUUUAAAAUUCCACCUUUUCCUGCAGGGUGUUUGCACUGGAUAACUGAGUUCCUGCCAAACUUUGUCCCCUUCGGGUGGGACGAGUGGAAUUUCAAGGCUGCAGGAGCAUUACGUUUCCCAGUUGCAUUGAGUUGAAAGUUAUACACUUCUGGCACAACGUAGCAACCUUUUACAGUCCAGGUAGCAGAAGGGCAGAUCUUGGGUGGCAGCUUCCUUGGGGUAGUAUCAGUCUCUGAGCGUCCUUGCCUGCGUAAGCUCCACCAAAUGAAUUUACAGGUGACCAGCAGGUACCAGGAGGAGACAGUGCAGCAGGCAUAGCCAGAGAGGAAAAGCGUUCUUGUUACUUUCAACUCCUGUGGAAUCCAGCUUUGCUAUCACUGCUCGUAACGUAUGGAUCAUACCUUUUUUUCCAUGUGCUGCUUGGCUGCAGGUGAAGAAUGCUACAGUUUAACGAAGUGGCAUUCAGAGCCAGUUGUAACUAUAAUGCGACCCGCCUUGACAUUAUAAUACCAGGCAGGAUUCACUCUGGUUCAGUGAGCUUUUGCUCUAAGGCAGACAAUCUGGUUCUGGAAAGCUGGUUUCAUGGUUGUGUGUGAGCCCAGUCAGAUGUCGCACUCAAAUGAAAGGAGCUGCCCAGACUGGCCCUUAUUGCAAAUUCCUACUGUGCCUUCCUGUUGUGGUUAAUUGCAUUUGUUAAGUGUGGCACUCUCUGCCUGUACAAUAGUUUGCCCUUUUCUCUUGAGGAACUCACAGGGUAGCAACUCUCAGUCUGCUCUAAGCAUCAAUCCCCUUGAAUUGUUUUGGUUUGAAACAUCCCUUUUCCCCAGCCCAGCUUGGGGUCCCAUUUUUUAAAAAAUCUUGGCGGUGAAUUUGAAUUCCACAAAAGCCAAAAUACCAGCUGGGUUCAUUGGACAAGGCAGAGAACAAGGGUCAGGUGAGCUUCUGGGGGACUUGGGAAGCUCAAAAGGCCAUCUAAACCCUCCACAUUUAAACUGCAUGCUAACGAUAUAAAGGAAUCUGUAUUCUCACCAAAGCAUGAACUGUAGAUAUCAUACCAAUCAAUAAAACCCUUUUUAUAAUUGCA